AUAUCAUCAAGGCAAGGAGUUAUCCUUAUUAUAUAGUGUCGUCGUCGAGGAAAAUUUACCAUAUCUGAAUGAACUCUCUUACAGCACGGACGAACUGAUGUGAUAAAAUUCGUCGACGAAUAUUAUUCAAUGGGAUCUUAUAAGAAAUUUAUUCAAGUGUUUUUCUUCGUGAAAACCGAACCGAACUGAACAACAAAAAAUCAACCAACCGACAAUUUUCAAUACAAGUUUCGAAAAAAUAAUUCGACAUUUAGAGACGAACAACAAGAAAAAAAAAUCACCCAACAAAAAUACACAAAACAUUUUUUCCGCAAAUAAACCGGGCUGUUAUUAUUGAACGAAAAAAAAAACAGAAGAAAUACAAACAAUUUUCACCAGUUUUCCAAUUCAACAACAUUUUAUGCUGCAAAAUUAAACGCUCAAUUUUGGAAUACCAUCAGCAUUCUUGGAUAAUUCAACGUUUAAUUUUUUUGGUUUUUUUUUCCAAACAAGUGAACAAACAGAUACAGAAAAAAAAUUGAUAAAAAAAACUGUAAUCAUGGAAAUGUGAUAAGAAAAACAGUUACGUUUUUUUAUCGCCGCAAAAAGAAAAAUAAACAACAAACUGGAGCUAUUUUGUUUGAAUGGAAAAAAAAUGCCCAAACGAAAAUUUAUGAAAAACAGAAACAAAGAAUGCCACUGAUAAUUAAGUGAUAUAGUUUCAGCAAUAUCUACGUCAAUUACACAUUUUUUCGGAUGUUUAAUUUUCAUUAGUGUGUUGGUGUAGUUUUUGUUCCUUAGUCCGUUCAUUUAGAAGUCUUAUGUUAGUUUUUUUUUAGUCAACUCUGUGCGUCUAAGAAAACACCAUACACAUCAUAAAUUUGUUUUUCACCGGUAGCGCUAUUCGUACUCUUGUCAGAAAAUAAGUUUAUCUAAAUAAUAAUAGUAGCUAACAUCCGCAAAAAGCAACAAAAGCAACUCAACAAGCACACGACAACAGCCAACAAAACUUCCUCAUAUCCGGUUUUUUGUGUGAUCGAUAAAUCAGGUCGAUGCUAUGGAAGGGGAAUCAUAGAAAUAUUGCUUAAGAGUGGGGAAUGAUUCGUUAGCAGUCGAGAAGAGAAGGCACAUUCGCAUGUAACGACAACGAUUUAAAAAUACACACUACUUUUUUUUUCGUAUAUCGUCUUGUACUUUCUGGGAAAAUCAGUAUAGGGAAAAAAAGCACGAAACACGAAAAAAAAUUCUCCCACUUUAAUGGGCUUAACACAAACAAAGUCUGGUGAUUCUUAUGAUGUCAUCAGAGGAGGACGCAGACAGUUUCGGUUUGUACGGAGAUAAGUUACUAAAGAAAGCAAAACGAGCCAGACAGCGUGUAGACGCGGGUGAACCAAGAAAUAGUUAUUCAUCGAUUCCGAAUUUUAGUUCAAGACCUUCACUCAUGAGCGGCGGUCUGUACGGGGCUAUUUAUAGCCAAAAUCAACAACAACACAAUUUCGGUUUAUUUAAUUCAAGCGGUUACGGAACGUCAACGUCAAAAAUGUUAAACGAAUUAUUAGCAAGACAAGUCAAACAAGCCCAAGAUGCUGGUGGUCCUGAAACAAAUAUGAUGCUCUCACCGAUGGAAGGCGCAUCAAAUUCGGAUGGUAGCAAACACGGUUUUGAAACAACAUCACCAAUUAUUCGGCGACAAAGUAGCGGUGGUGUCGAUUUGGAUGAUACAACCGUACAAGCAAAUGACUUGGAAAAAUUGCAUAUGUUACGAAAUAUUUUGCAAGGAAAAAAGGAACUAAUGGCAUUACACGAUCAUGAAUUAAGAGCGGCCGCUGCUGCAUCGGCGGCCAGCAUGAAUAAUUCGAUCGAACGGGCAUCGCCGGACAACAAUAAUAGCAUAAGCAAAAAUAACAACACGAACAGUAACAACAAUAUUGUGAAACAAGAAGUGAAUAUCAAAAGUGAAACAUUAGGAAAUGGUGGAAGUGAUGCGAACGAUACUAGUGAAAUAAAUGUUAACAAUAGAGUGAACUCAAUGUCGAAUCAAAUGAAUGAUGAUGUGUCACGGCAUAUGGACAAUGGUGAAGAUAUGUCGGAUAAUCGACAAGACAACGCUAUUUCUGGCGAUUUAAAUAAAGCACUCAACGACAAUAUGAUUGAUGAAGAAAUGAUCUGUUUGAAUUCGCGUUCCGAUUCGGAGAAUUCGAUGCCAUCAUCGCCCGGUUCCGAUAUGAUCGGUUCCAAAGAUGAUAUGGACAUUGAAAUGCAUUUGGAUAAAAAUAAUGUGUCGCCAAUUCCGCAGAGCCUAAAAAAUGAACCGGUUGCAAUGGAUAUGAAACGUGCUCGUGUCGAAAAUAUUGUGAAUACAAUGCGAUCCAGUCCGAUACUUCCAUCGCAACAACAUCCCCAGGUGAAUGGAUGUAAAAAGCGAAAAUUGUACCAGCCACAGCAGCACGAUGCCGAACGUUAUUCGGGUUUGAAUUUCAAUUUAGGGCUACAGGGAUUGAUGUUCGGUGAUGGUGACGAUGAUGAGGAUGACGAACAGCCGCCCGUGCAACAGAAACGCGUCGAAAAGAGUGCACUGGAAUCGGAAUUGCGGUCAUUGCAAGAGAAAUUGGCCGAAAUGCAACAAAAGUAUGUGCAAUUGUGUACGAUUGUGAAUGAACAUUCAGAGGUGCCCGAGUUAUCGCAAGAGAUUGAUGACGGCAAUAGCGAUACAUUUGAGCCAAUUGAAAAUAAGAAGGAAACACCGGAGAAACAACCAAUCCAGCGUCAUUCGGUGUCUUCGUCGCCGACCAUAUCACCGAUGAAAGAUUUAUCGUUAAAUUCCAAAGUGUCGAACGCAUCGAAUAUGAUGCUGUCGCAAGUGAUGGGCAAAAUGAUUUCAUCAAAACUGCACAAUCCCGCUCAAUUGGCACCAAACUUUAAUGGGACACAUCCGCUGCUGCAGCACAUUAACAUGACCCACAAUUCGCAUGAGCACGCACUCCAGCAAAUGCAGCACAAUCAACAGCAACAGCAGAAUGCAUUGAACCAGGCGGCCAUGUACUUUGGUGCGAUGAAUCCGAAAUUUUUCCUCGAACAAGAGGUGCGCAACAGCAAAGAAUCCGCCGAACAGCAAAAGCAACAGUCACAGCAACGUGACAGUGUGGCGCAACAACUGGAACGUGAACGUCAACAGCAACAGAAUUCAAAUCAAACAGCCGGCCAUUCGUCGUCACAACUGAAACAGGCACAGAUGCAGCAACAGGAACGUGAGCGUCCCAUGCAAAAUUCAAAUCAAAGCCAAACACAUUCGCCCCAGCAAAAGGAGUGUUCACAAUCGCAACGAACACAAGAGCAAUCGUCAAAUGCACAUGGGCAACCGUCACAGGUCGCAAUGCAGGCGCAACAACAGCAAAAUUCAUUGUCUCUCAUCACGAAAAUGAGCACAUCGGAUUUGAGCGAGCGUCUGAAUAUCGGACGAUCGAACUCCAGUUCGGUGGGACCGGUGUCCGGCACCGAUUUGGAAGGUUUGGCCGAUGUGCUGAAAAGCGAGAUCACGGCAUCACUAUCGAAUUUAGUUGAUUCGAUUGUUACAAGGUUCGUGCACCAAAGACGGUUUCUAAAUAAACAAUCGGAAGCAGCCGCUGCCGCGGCCGAACAACUAAACAAGGAUCUUAUGAUGGCAACACAACUACUUGAUCGUAAAUCGCCUCGCACGAAAGUCGCUGAUCGAUCGUCCAACGUACAAACAGCGGCUAUGUUUCAAACGCCAAAGCCACCGCAAGUGAUAAAUCCGGUAGCGGCCGCCGCACUCUACAAUUCAAUGAAUGUGCUUGGCGGUCAAGUGAAUCAAUUCUGUAUGCCGGAAUCACGUGAUACAAAUCCAGAGCAAAACGAAGCCCUUAGUUUGGUAGUACAACCGAAAAAGAAGCGACACAAGGUCACUGACACACGAAUCACACCACGCACCGUUAGCCGAAUCCUUGCACAGGAUGGCAUUGGACCCGCGGCAAAUCAACAACAAAUCGAAUCGAACACAAACGCAAACAUGAACAACAACAAUAACAACAACAGCACGAACGGCAAGGGAUCGAUUGCAUCAGGUAAAUUCAUAUUGAUGAAUACAUCGACGACGACGCCAUCAGAAAGCCCAUCACCGCGAUCAUCAUAUCAUGGACCACCUCCAUCAUCAAUGCUACAAGCGUUAUCAACCUCUGUUGCAAUACCAAAUCCAUCAUUACACGAAUCACAAGUGUUCUCGCCGUACAGUCCAUUCUUCAAUCAUCAUAACGGGCCACAUGCACCGCAACAGGCUCAAGUCCAUCAUCUCAAAAUGCCAGCCAGCCCACCCGGUUUUGCUGGUAUGAUGGAUCCACGUGAUUCGCCGCCACUACCUCAUCCACCAACGAUGUUGCAUCCAGCUUUACUAGUACCACCACCACAAGAUUAUGCUCAUAUUCGAGCAGCUAUGGAUAAUAAUGACCGGAACUCGGAUUGUAAUUCAGCUGACAUCAGUUUUGAUGGACUUCAACCUACUUCGUCAACAUUGACUCCGAUGCAUCUGCGUAAAGCGAAACUGAUGUUCUUCUGGGUGCGAUAUCCCAGUUCGGCCGUGCUCAAAAUGUACUUCCCAGACAUCAAAUUCAACAAAAACAAUACGGCCCAGCUGGUCAAAUGGUUUUCAAAUUUUCGUGAAUUUUACUACAUUCAAAUGGAGAAAUAUGCUCGGCAGGCAGUUAGCGAGGGUAUCAAGAGCCCAGAUGAUUUACAUAUUAGUGGCGAUAGUGAAAUUUAUAGGGUGCUCAAUUUACACUACAAUCGAAACAAUCACAUCGAGGUACCUCUUCGAUUCCGCGAAGUAGUUGAGCAAACGUUACGCGAAUUUUACCGUUCCAUUCAAGGUGGCAAAGACACCGAACAAUCAUGGAAAAAGUCCAUUUACAAGGUUAUUUCCCGAAUGGAUGAUUCAGUUCCAGAAUAUUUCAAAUCUCCGAACUUCUUGGAGCAGCUGGAAUAAUUGGAUGGCCCAUGUGACAACAUAUAUACUACAAAAAUGACAAAGAAGAUGUUGAACGCAACACAAAACACAACACACACACUGAGAAAACACAACAAGAAGGUGACGACAAAGAUAAACAAUCAACUAUUCAACAAGUUAAAAAACACAAAUCUAAGACACUAAACAAAUGAUAAUAAUGUUAUGACAAAGAGAAAGAAAUUAACAAUGAUUAUUAUGCACCCGAUGUAGAUGUGAAUUGAAAAACCAUUUCGAUCCAUUUUCUCACUCUCGCGUCUGCCUCUGUUUUUUGGUUUAAGUUUUGUUUGAAGCAGUUUUUUUCUCGUAAUUUUUUUUUUAACUUAAAUGUAAAAUUUGGGCAAUUCUCGCUCAUUUUGCGAUGAAGAAACGCCGUAAUUGGUCUUGUAACUGAAAUUUUACACAUUUUUGAAUACAAAACGAUUAUUACAAAAAUACGACCAAAAAAAGAAGUUUAACACAAUUUUUUUAAUAGUUUUUUUUUUAAUUAUGAAUAUGUUUUAAUUUAUUGAGAGAAAGUGCUUUUUCAUUCACACACACAACGGUAGACAAGCAAGAGUGUUAACUUACAAUGUAUACACACAAACAAACCAACAAAAAAUGCACACGAAAUUGAGAGACUAAAUGAAUAAUUUUAAAAACUGAAGAGAAACAAAAAAAAACGUGAAAAAAACACAAACACACAGAGUAUAAGAGAAAACCUAACAAAUUUAAAAUUAUAAAAAAAUUUAAAACAUAAAACCCAAUAAAAUAGUUUGAUGAAAAGAAACUAAACUUAAAUUAAAUGAAACAAGCAAAGUGGAUGACAAACGAAAAAAAUUAUAAUUAUUAUUAUUACUAUUUAAAAAAAACAAAUUAGAAUGAUACACAUACACGAGAGUAAGCAAAGUUUAAGAGAAAACACAAUUAAAAAAAAAAUACAAACAACGUUUGUGGUUCCUAUCUAACAAAAAACAAAGACAAAAACAAACAUACAUACAAAAAAAAGUGUAGUUCGCUUGCGUCCAUUGAAGCGGCUACCCAAAAAUUACUAAUUUCAAGUUAUAUACGUGUAUUUAGGCGAUUUCAUUUCAUUUUUUUUUUAAAUCAUUUUGGAAAUAUACAAAAUGUAAUCAAACAAAUUAAAAAGAGUUAGAUGUGUCAAGCAUUUCUUCCAUGUUUGCUCUCUAAAUAUAUGAUUAGGAAAGAAAAUGCAAAAAAAAAAAACCAUAAAAAUUUUAUGAAAAUCGAUCCGAGUUUGCGAAAAUGCGAAAAAACCAAUCACUGGACUUAAAUACAAAAAUAAACCGAUAUUUUACUUUUCUCUAGAUUGAAAAUCGAAACCAGCGAACGUGCUAUUCGCAACAACACAUUCACACACACACUUGAAAACAAUCUACCAAAGAAAAAGAACGUGUAUGUUUUUUUUUUCAUUCUCGUCUUUGGAAUCAUAAUGAAAGAAAGAAGAAAAAAUUUACCUUAUGACAACACACACAGACAAAAAUUAUAAAAUUAGAAGUAUUAUAUUAUAAUAUUACAUAGAAUAAGCUCUAAAACAAAUGAAACGAACAACACAACCAAAAUGAAGCAUGUUUUAAUGAAUAAAAAUUAAAAUGAAACCAAAAAAAAAAUGAAUUGAAAGACACGCAAAACAUACACACAAACAAAAUUCACACAUUUCAUCGGAAUGAUAACAAGCGCUAAACUCGAUUUAUUUUCUUUAAUUUCUCGUUUUUCAAUGGAAUUGGAAGUCAAACACACUUACGCAAAAAACUACAUAAAAUAAACAGCAAUAAAAUAAUAAAUAAAAGAAUAAAAACACAUGAAAAUAAAUCACUCGAAGAAAAAAUGGAACGAAUUCAACAACAGCAACAGCAUUCAAUCGAAAUAUAACCCGGGAAAUAUAUAGCCACCGUUUAAUUCAAUACUACGAAUCAACCAUAGCUAACUCUGCAGGAGUAAGACACACAGAAAAAACCAAGCAACCAACCAACCUUGAGUCCUAAGCAACAACUGCUUCAUUCAUUUUAAAUGUUUUUUUUUAGUUUUCGAUCAUUGAUUUUGCACAAGUUAUCACUUUUAUUUCAUUCUUUACAUUUGUAUAAAUUUUAUAUGGAUUAAGUGCAUUCAGUUUUACAUUUCUUACUUUGAUUGUUUUUUCUUUCGUCGGCUUGACAAGGUUCCAGAGAAUGUGUUUCAUUUGAAAUAUCCGCCAGAGUGCUGCAGUGAAUGAGAUUUACUGCGGGGAAAUUUCAAUCAGGAUUGAGACUCGAUUGAAAAGGAGAGUUGGAAUUCUUGAGUGAAACUUGCCCAAGUGACUCGACGGGCAUUUCAAGUCAAACGCAUGAACACUUGAACAACGGCCAUUUUCGGUUCAUUUAUCACAACCAAACAACAGCAAUAGUAAAUAAAAAUAAAACAAAUGUGUAAACUGUAUUGCCCAUCAGUAACAUCAAACCAAGAGACAACAAGAAACGUUCAAAUUGUUUUCUUUUGAACAAACUAGACUCUUUUUUUUUGCUAACAGUUAUUUGUGCACGAUUUCGAGUGUCGCAAUGUGGAAGCAUUGUCGACUGCAUUUGAAAAUACCUUUGAUGCUUCAAUUGCAAUCCGUCUUCGAAAUCGAACACAAUUCUGCGAAGAAAAAAAAAACACACCCAACCAAAUGUAAUUUAGUAACUUACAAUUAUUGAAAGAAAAAAAAAACAUAAUAUUCUAUUGAAAUUUAAAACAAGUAUUUAACUUAAUGCAAGUAAAUGAAUUGAAAUUAUUGAUAACAAAGAAGUACUUUGACAGAGAAAUGCAAAAAAAAUGAAUGGCGUGAAAAGCAGCAAAAUGUUCGUCUCCAAAUGGAUACACACAUUAUGCGCAUAUGCUUACGCCGCUCAGAGUCUGACGGUCAGACAAAAAAAUUAAAAAUCAAUUCAACAAAAGAAUUAUUUAAGGGCUAACAAGAAAAUAAAAACAAUGGACUACAAAAAAAAAUAUAUGAUUGAAUGACAUGUGUAUGUGUUUAAGGCUUUGAUUUUAAAUGAAUUUUUCCUCCAACACUGCGCCGAACGAUUAAAAUGCAAUUGAGAAUGAAUACAGAAGCACAUAAGAUUUUUAAUUGUAAUCAUAUAUAGAUACAAAGUAUUUAGGCUAAUUUGUGGUUGAUAUUCAAUUGGAUGGCAUUGGUUUUGAUUCUCUCUUUUGAUCAAUCGGCAAAAUAUUGUACGUUGAUUACGAAAAAUGAUGACAAAAUGAACUGUGCACGAAGAACGAUCAUUGCUUGUGAACGAAGAAUGAUCUUCGGCCAUUGUUUUGGUGCCACAAUGAAUGAUUCUUCGGCGAUACAGUUCAUUUUGCCAUCAUUUUUGCUGUCCAAAUGUUCAACGUGAUAUUUUCGGUAUUGUUGAAUUAUCGUUCCUCUUAUUUUUCGUAUCAAAAUUCAAGAAAAAUUUCACCAUUUUUUUUUCAUUUCAAAAACUAAAAAAAGAAAAAAAAAAUCAAUAUGUUGAUUCAUUCGGAAAUUUGGAGAGAAAAAAGUAUUAAAAACUAAUAAGAAUUUAAAGCGUGACAUGAAUGCAUUUUCGAUCGAUAGCUUAUAAGGAAGAACCCCAAUCAAUUUAAUUUAUUUUUUAAAUUAAUUUUUCAUUUGAUUAAAUGCAAAUAAAAAUGUUUUGGCAAACAGAAGAACAAUUGAUUACACACAUAUGAAAAUUGAUAACAAUAGACACAUGUAUGAGGCAUAUUUUUUAUCUCGACUGAUUUGUACAUAGAUAAUAUUGAAAGAAUUUCUUUUGUUCUUUCUGUCUAGUUUUUCUUCUAUUUUCUUUCUUAUUAUUAAUAUCAACAAUUUUUCGGAAAUUUUUCCUCCUUUUUUUACAAUUUCUUUGAAUUUUUCUUUUCUUUUCUUUGAAUUAUUUAAAUUUAAAAGAAAAAAAAACACAAAACCCUAACCAUUAAGUAGAUAAAUUUCCAUGGCGUAAAAGAUAUUUAAAGCUACAUUUGAUUAAAAUGUCACAUUCCAAAAAUGAAAGAAAAAGAAGAAUAAACACACACAAAUACACACACAUUAAUAUGGUCCUCAUUUUCGUUUUCGAGGCUUUAUAUGCAGUGAGAGAUGUUUUAACGUUACGUUUUAAUUGGAAAUUGUAUGCAUUACAGCAUAGAAAAAAAUCACAAUUACAAAUUAAUCGAAAAUAAUUCAAAAAAGAAGAUUUAAAAAGCAAAAUGAUUAAGAGUGUGAACACAUGACACGUUCACAGUAAACACACACAUAACAACAACAACAAAAAUUCAACAAUUUUAAAUGCAUAUUGAACGAUAAUGCCAAAAAACCAAAAAGCAAAGAACAACAACAAAUUAGGCAAAAACCGUUUGACUUAGAAAGCAUAUAGGUAUUAUCAUUAAGAUGGUGUAUAUUGCAAAAUAAAUAAAAAUUAACAAAAUCAA